AUGCACAGGUUAAACAAUGAUCCAUGGGGUCCAACAACAGCAUUAAUGUCAGAAAUUGCUGAUAUGACACAUGAUCCAAUUCAAUUUAAUGAAAUAAUGUCAGUAAUUUGGAAAAGGCUGAAUGACCACGGAAAGAAUUGGAGACAUGUCUAUAAAAGUAUGGUUCUUCUUGACUAUUUAAUUAAAUGUGGAAGUGAACGAGUUGCACAACAAUGCAAAGAAAAUAUAUUUUCUGUGGAAACAUUAAAGGAUUUUCAACACAUUGAAGAAAAUCGUGAUCAAGGUUUAAAUGUCCGAACAAAAGCAAAACAAAUGGUUGCCCUCCUAACUGACGAUGAAAAACUAAAAAAUGAAAGAGCUCGUUUUAUGUUAACUCGAAAACGUUUUAUGAAUAGUGAAACUUCUGGAAUCUCCUCUGAUGGAACGAGAAGAGCUGGGACGAGUCGUAGACGAACAAUCGAUUCUAAUGGUGGACCUGUCGAUCCAGAAUUUGAGGAGGCUAGGCCUUCCUCUUUGGGUGAAGAGGAAAUGCAAUUACAAAUUGCUUUGGCGCUUUCUAAAGAAGAAUGUGAAAAAGAGCAAGAAAUGAGACGUGGGGAUGAUGUUCGAUUACAGAUAGCGAUUGAAGAAAGCAGACGUGAGAUGGCGGCAAGAUCUUCUAGCUUGAGUUCUCCCACAGGACAAGAUUCACCACAAAAGCCGAGCACCUCGAAAUCACAGGGAGCUCUAAACAAUUUACUUUCGCUCGGUCUAGACGAAGUUUUUAGCAAAACAGCAGAGAAUAACGCACUAAUAAAUAUGCAACAGCCUGUUCAGAACGAUCCCUGGUCUCCUCGUCCAUCAACAACAAUUCCAAUGAUGGCUGGAGGGAUAGCUCCACCAUCCCUUCCAUUUAACGAUUCUACUUUAAUUCCUUCAUCUGCUCAAAACGAUCCUUGGGCAGCCCCAACAGUUCAACCUGUAACGACUACAAAACUUCCAACAACCUCAGAAAGGUCCCAAGAAUUGGAAGAUAUUUUUGGAUGUUCUUCCCAAACAACAUUAAAUCAACCUUUACCUUUGGCACCGAAUAAUGAUCCGUGGGCGGCUUUUGAAAAUCAAAAUAUGCAAAAUAACAGCACCCCGACACAACAAAAUGGGACAAAAAUUGGACAACAACGUAACAAAAUAAAAACACCUGAAUCGUUUUUGGGAGAAAAUUCUGGUCUAGUCAAUUUGGAUAAUCUUCUUGGACCAACUGGUUCUCAAGUUCCUAAAAAGGCCACAAACCCUUUCCUAAUCGGCUCUGCCGCUUCAGCUGCCGCAGCAACUAAAAACAAUCCAUUUCUUGCAAAUGAACGUCCAUCCCCUUCGCUCAACGAAAUGUUACAGGCUAAACAAGGUGGUGGGGGUUUUGUAACAAAUGGUGGAAAUAUUUCUGGACAAACUACUGCUCCAAGUAAUUCUGCACCGAAUAAUGCUUUUAAUGCGGCUGGUCUAAUUUGAAG